CAAGUAAAGAAGCAGAAAUUUGUGCUGAAAUUGGCAAGGCAACAAGGUUAAAAUACCCUAUGGUUAGUGACAGCAAUUUUGAAUUCCUACGAGCUACCCGGAGAAAGCUUUUGAAACUGGUCAGCUGCCAGUCGUAUGAUUACCAGCAAGUGAAGCUCUUAGCCAGCCAGGGAUCGAUUUAUGUGAAACUCAAAGAUGGCCUUGAAUGUUUGUUGGUUGACGACUCCUGUGAUGAUGAAGAUACUGUGUUUAGAAAUGAAAUGUUAAAUCUUAACUACACUAUGAUGUACAAAUAUGAAUACUGGAGG